AUGGCUGUAGAAGGAGGAAGCGAGGUUCCUUGGAAGAAAGCGUGUUGUCAGGGGAAGCGCGCAGUCUUGACGACGGAGAAGCGAGCGAGCGAGCAGAAGCGGAAGUGGAAGUGGAAGUGGAAGUGGAAGUUGAGCUGCGGUAGGGAGAAAGCGGAAGUCGGCCGACUGAAAGAAAAUGGUGGUUGCUGGCUGGCAAGGGACAGGAAACGCGGCGAUGAAGAACCACAAACGGUGCUUUUCUCUCCAGUUUGUGACGUGGGAAAAAUAAGAAAAGGGUCGAGGUUGGACAGCAGUCGCGAAGAAGGAAAGAAGAUGGAAACGCCAGAUGGGAAAUGGCGUGAGCUACGGAAUAUUGCCUGCUCAAAGAAGUGUGGGUUUGCUGGCCGCGAAAUGGAGAGCUGCAGGCAAAAGGACUCUUCCUGGUCUUGUUCUCACACUGUCCGUCUUGGUGAACUGAGUGAGGUUGCAAGGGAAAUAGGUGCUGUAGCUUCAAGGGGUAGCCAAGACCCGGCGAUGCACGGGCGCCCAAGUGGUGGUGGACGUGCCCCAAAAAGGAGAUGGUCGCUCAUGGUUCGAGCUCGUUUCUGGGGCAGGCAGGGCUAUGGCCCGAUUGAUUGGCCGACGGAGCUUUAG